AGACCAGAAAGAAAUGUUAGUAUUUUUUUUUCUGUUGUUUUAGUGGUUACAUGUAAACCAACGGGUGGUUUCUUUCUGUCACAGGUACGAAGUGUUGGUAAGCGAGCACAGGCCACUUCCUCCCGCCGCAGGAAGUCAGAGCGUAAGAUCACCCGAAUGGUGGUGAUAGUGGUGGCGGUGUUCGUCCUCUGUUGGCUUCCCUUCUACGCUCUGAACAUCGUCAACCUCGUGGUGGUUCUGCCCCGGGACUUCAGGGGCCUCUACUUUUUCGUGGUGGUGCUGUCUUAUGCUAACAGCUGCGCUAACCCCAUUCUGUACGGCUUCCUGUCCGACAACUUCAAGAGAGGCUUCAGGAAGGCCCUGUGCCGCACGUCACGCAGGGUGAAGAACAACGACAGGGCCGGCACCGAGGUGCAGCGCCCCACAGAGGAGUGGGGCGGUAUUGUGCUUCAGACAAUAAAAAGUGAAGAAGUCAGCGACAUUCACCGAGGAACGGAGAACGAAGACAAAGACGACGGCCACGCAGAAGACAGGACCCGGGAGAUAAGAGAUACCUGUGAGCCAUCAGAGGUCGGAGGUCAAAGUGGCGUCACGGGCAACAGUGUGACACAGCUGGGGCAGACGUGUAAGAUGGCGUCAGAUAAAGCAGAAUCAAGCAGAAACCCAGCAGAUGGAGGUGGAAAGCCUCCAGUUUCGGCAGCGGUCAGUAACGUCAGAAACAGCAGGUCACAGCCUGAAGAACUGCUGGACAAGAACUCAGUUCUGGAGAUCAGUUACCUGUAACUGUGUCAGGAAAGUACAGGACUGCAGUGUUUAUCAGUGUUUGUUUCAUUCAGGUGUAAAUAUCAGGUGUUUAAUUUAAAGAGCGACUGUUGUUAAAGGGGAAAAAAAAAUCUACAUUGACUGAAACCAAAAAAUAAAAAAAUAAAUCAAAGUGAGAAAAGAAUAUUUACAAAUGUAAAAACACAUCAGUAUUAUUGUGAUGUACAUAUGCAGUAAGUGAUGGAUGUUUUUUUCAUGAGAAAUAUUGUGAUUUGUGAUAGUUUGAUAAAGAUUCUUGUUUUGUUUAUAUGAAAAAAAAGGAGAAAAGAGCACGUUUUUUGAGGUACAUUACAGGUCAAUUUCAUGAAAUUAAAUAACGAUCAAACUGGAUGUAGGCGGUGCUUCAGGAAGUAAACAUCCAC